AUUAUGAAAAUGCCUAAAUAAGUUCACUAGUCAACCUCUCCUUUCACCCAUAGUACUUCUGUCGCGCUUGCUUAUGUAUUUAAACUCAGAAGCUUCGCUUUGUGUUGUUCUACCCAGCCGCUGUGACACAAAUUAAGAACAAGCUAGAAGAUCGCCCGCAGCCCAAGUCGGUUCCCUAAGAUCAUGGAGAUCAUGGAGACCCCAAAUGGGCGCACCGCUGCAAAGAAACCUCUCCUGCUGCUAAGCUGCGCCAUGCUGGGGCUCGGCAACUGCGGCGGUCCCCUAAUAAUGCGGCUCUACUUCCUCCGCGGCGGCAAGCGCAUAUGGCUCUCCAGCUGGCUCGAAACUGCCGGCUGGCCCAUCAUCCUUCCCGCCCUCGCCGUCGUCUUCUUGCAGCGCCGCCGUGCAGCUGACGGCUCCUCCGCCGGGUUCUUUCUCAUGAAACCUCGCUUAUUCGUUGCCUCCGCCGUCCUCGGCGUCCUCACCGGCCUCGAUGACUACCUGUAUGCGUAUGGCAUGGCGCGUCUUCCGGUGUCCACCUCAUCGCUGAUCAUAGCCACCCAGCUGGCCUUCACGGCCGGGUUCGCCUUCCUUCUGGUGAGGCAACGGUUCACCUCGUAUUCGAUAAACGCCGUCGUUUUGCUGACGAUCGGAGCUGCUGUUUUGGGGAUCCAUGCGAGCGGCGACCGUCCUAAGAACGAGUCGAACAAGGAGUAUUAUUUGGGGUUCUUUAUGACGCUGGCGGCGGCAGCGCUCUAUGGAUUGGUUUUGCCCGCGAUGGAAUUAACGUACAAGAAGGCACGGCAGGCCAUUACCUAUUCACUGGUGCUGGAGAUGCAGAUGGUGAUCGCUUUCUUUGCUACUCUCUUCUGCACCAUAGGCAUGCUGGUCAACCAUGAUUUUCAGGUCUCUCUCUCUCUCUCUCUCCAUGGAAACACAUGGCAAUCAAAGGCAAUUUCAAGGGAGGCAAAAGAAUUUGAACUUGGAGAGGCAAGGUAUUAUGUGGUGCUAGUGUGGAGUGCAAUCGUUUGGCAGGUUUUCUUCAUUGGAGCAAUUGGGGUGAUCUUUUAUGCCUCUUCAUUGUCAUCUGGAAUUUUAAUUUCUGUUCUACUCCCCAUAACUGAGCUUUUUGCUGUUAUUUUCUACAAAGAAAAGUUUGAGGCUGAGAAAGGAAUUGCUCUUGCCCUUUCUAUUUGGGGCUUCAUUUCCUACUUCUAUGGAGAGAUAAAACAUUCCAAGAAAACUAAUGAACAAAUCCCAAAAACAGAGAUGCCCCAAACUCUUACAGCAUAAUGACACUAGCUUAUGUUAUGAGAAGCCAUGAAUGUCUGUGACAAGGAAGAAGGGAUGACAAAGGAUAAACCGCUUUUGUAAUAUUUUUUUUUUAUCAUAUUUAAAUUAUGUUAGCUUCA